AUGAGCAGCAGUAGACUCAGCGGGGCCUUCGGGGCAGCAACAGCAGCAGCUGCUGCUGCUGCGUUGCUUCUAUCUCCCGUCAGCUUCGUUCUUGCAGGACCUUCUACUGCUGCUCCUAUUGCUCCCCAUGGAGAAGAUCCACACGCAGCGUCGGGGCCUCCCCAAGAGGACCCGAACCAACCCCAAAGGGAAACCCUAGAAGAGAUGUCCUCGGACCAACUUGACGCCCUCCUCGAAGGCAUCGAUAUGUUUCGACCGGGGUCGAAGCCACUGGGUCGAGGAAAGCAUUACGAUCCGGCUGCUCCGGUUGAAGGAACUACGCCACAGGAUAACCUGCAGAGACUGGAGGAGACGCUUGGGGCCACCAGGUUUGCCGGGGCCCUGCGAGAUAAAGGUCAAGAAGGCUGCAUGCGCCUGAGGGAGCGCAGUGGGGACUGCCCCUCUGCCUCUGCUGCAUCUGCUGUUGCGUCUUUAAGGUGCAACAUGAGGGAGGUGGAGGCGGCGAAAGAGGCGGCUGUACAGCUUGAAGAGUCUCUCGUGGGAUCGACCGGUGGGGAUCGUCUCCUCUGCUCCCGCCUCUUUACUCGUCUUCUCCUCUACAUCGACCUCAUGGUGUUCUAUCAACCUUUUAGGUCCUUUCAAGAGGGAAAGUCUGCUGAAGAUGCACUAAAAGAGGCAUUUGUUCAUUGGGGCUUCAAGGGAGACAAUCAGGAGGGCGCCACAGCGACACCCCCAGAAGUUAUCGCUGAAACAUCUUUGCUACAAGCCAGGCAAGCCCCAGCUGUCUCCUUCAAACCAGAAAACCCAAAGCCUAAUGCAGACGACCUCCCUGAAGCUCCCCCCGUAACAAUUGCUGCGAAGGACCUCACUGACGCAUUACUCAACAAAAAGCCAAAAUCGCAGAUCUUCCUCUCUGCCUCCUUUAACCCCACUUUGAAGAUGGGGCUUUUGUUGCUGUUUCUGGCUCAUAUUCGUUUCUCGGAGUUGUUUGUGGGGAGGGGACGCUCGGCUCGUGUUCGUCCCUACCCACGGGUGCUUCUUUUUCUCUCGAGUUCUGCUGCUGCUAGAAGGAUGCAGCUGGAUAAACUCUGUCAGAUUAAACUCCAAAAACAACUCGGAAAUCCCCGCCUACCCGAGAGUCUCCUCUAUGUCCCCAGGGUCUUCUUUCAGCGCCAGCAAUUCAGUGCCGGCUACGCCCGCCUUACAUGCGACCUCCUUGAGGAUGCUGUCCUCAUUGCCCAACGCAGCUACGAACGGGGCUUGGCGUUUUUUAAUGAGCUGAUAAACCAACAACCUCCAAGAGAAGGCAAACGACUGGCUAUUCCCUUGCAGCUAAACACCACACCGGAUGUAAACCUGAGGAGACUGUGCUUUGGUCUCCACAAAAACCCCUCACCCGCUAUCCUCGAGGGAUCCGACCCCUGCUCCGUAAACGAUCUCCUCCUGCUGCCCCAGCAGCAGCAGCACGAGCAGCAGCAGCACGAGCAGCAGCAACAACACGAGCAUGAGCAGCAGCACGAGCAUCCGCAGCAGCAGCAUCAUCAGGACGAGCAUGAGCAGCAGCACGAGCAUCCGCAGCAGCAGCAUGAGCAGCAUGAGCAUGAGCAUCAGCAAGAGCAUCCGCAGCAGCAGCAUCAACAGCAUGAGCAUGAGCAGCAGCAAGAGCAUCCGCAGCAGGAGCAGCAGCAGCACGAGCAUGAGCAGCAGCAGGAGCACCCGCAGCAGCAGCAGGAGGAGCAUCCGCAGCAGCAUCAGCACGAGCAUGAGGAGCACCACCAGCAUCCGCAGCCUCAGCAGCAUCACGAGCGCGAGCAGACGCACGAGUAUCCGCAGCAGCCGGAGGAGGCGCACCCACCGCAGCAGGAGCAGCAGCAGGAAGCCGAAGCCUCUGGCUCCGGUGUUGCGGCUCAUCCUGCAGCUGACGAGAAGGUGCAGCAUGAAGGGACAGGGGGAGGCAGAGGAGAGACUCGGAAAGCCUCAACAGCAAGUGGAAAUGAAGUCGAGGCAGAGACAAGUUUUGUGCAAGGAGCACAAGACCCCAUAGUGUGGCCUCGGCAUCAAGCAACAAGCAGCUUGGUUGUCGAUCGAGAGAAAUUAAAUUUCUACUUCAACAUCAUUGCAGCUACGGCGGAGAUGGAGACGGCCCUUCCAGCCAUAAUGACCGAGCUGUCUUCAGAGUGGUCAGACUUUCGCCUUCGAGAGGACCCGCGUACGUACGACGCAAUUGUUCAAGCGACUCAAAAGAACCGGGGAUACUGUGACCGGCUGAAGACAAAGGGUUUUCAAAAGGAGUUGAAGAAGCAGAGAGCGAAGUCAGCGAUGGAUUACGCAGUGAAGUGCACGGCAGCAACGAGCGAAAAACAAUGGAAAAGGUUGAAUUGCGAGAAGUACAUCGCUUUAUAUCAUUGCAACUUCUUUGAAAAUACCUGGAGGAUACUCGACGAUAGGGUUGACGUAGCACAUGCACUAGGGUGGCUGGCGAGGCAAGAACCCUGUGUAGAAGAGCUUUGCAAAGACUGGCGAAAGCUGCACCCCUUCACAAUCAUAACAUCUCAUCCUGAUGUGUACGAACACUUCGGGUUGUACAGCCCCUGGAUCCGAUCGUUGCUGGUCCUGAACGAGUGGUUUGGUCUCUUUGAAUUUGAGAAGAAAGGUGCUGCCAACAGAGUCCUGAAGUCUCAGCUUUCGGCAGAUGCGUGGGAGGCGCUACAAAGUGCAUUUAAGCCUGUUGUUCAUCCUGAUGUAUUUCUUCAUUUAAAUCAAUAUGCUGCCUUCUACAGCAAUCCUUCGGGUGCAGUGCGAGAUCCUGGAGGCAUUUCUGCAGAGUUAGACGCAAUUAUAGAGGGGUGGACGUACACCGGAAUGCCAAAGAAGGCCCAGGAGAAGCUAAGGAGGGGUUUGCAAGCGGAGACAAGAGAUUUAUUAGGGUUCGACCUUGCAGCGCCUCCCCCUGAAACAAAUGCUUUAAACACCAAACUAAAGGAAGCACUUGAGCGGCAUAUGGGUAUAUUGAUCGAACAGGAAGAUAUGAGAGAGCAGCAGUGGGUUUCAUGUCAGUGUGCAUCUCGUGCUUCAUACUUCAUUCAGCUGCUACGGGAUUCGAUGCAUUUGCUGCAGCAAGCAGGAGACAAUCUGCUGCUUGUGGGUCUCCUUACUAAUCCUAAGGAGACAUCUUUAGGGAAAAACAAGAAGAGCCUCUUCCGUCGGCUUAAAGAGAAAGUCUCUAAAGCUGCCAGCAAACUCCUUCGUAUGCCUCCUUUCCAAGCACAACACGCCACCUUAGCUGCGGUGAUACCAGAUUAUCCCAAGGUCGCCCUCUUCCUAAAGGAAUUGUCUAACAUCUAUCACAACAACCCCACCGUCUUCGCCUCCACAGACGUCUUUCAAAGAGCAGCAGAAACCCUUUUUGAUGACUUGCAAGACCAGUUCUUCAGCCCCCAAACCGUUCCCCCAGCUGUACGUGCCGCUAACUGCAUUGGGGCGACUUCCCUCGCUCCUCGCUUCUUUAUUCAGGAUUUUCUAUUUUUUGCGCAUCUAGAAGUUGUGCGUUGCAAAUCAGCUGAAUGCUCUGGCGGAGAUUCGGGCUGA